AUGUCCUCCAUAAACGGCAUCAAAGUCCAAGCUCACUUGUAUGACCUUUCCCAAGGUAUGGCUCGACAGAUGAGCCCCAUGAUAUUAGGGAAGCAGAUUGAGGGUAUUUGGCAUACUGGAGUAGUUGUCUUCGGGUUGGAGUACUACUAUGGAGGAGGUAUCUGUGUCUCCCCUCCACCCGCUGUCCCUGGCAUGCCUUAUCGAACGAUCGAUCUCGAUGUCAUCGAGGAGGUCUUCAGAUACACUACGGAAACCUAUAGUCUUCUUACGAACAAUUGUAACAAUUUCGCUGAUGAUAUUGCUAA